AUGUCGGAAUUGAUUUCUUCUUCUUCUUCAAAGGCUUCUUCUUUUCGGAGAAUGAUGAAUAUCAAACAACAUUUAAUACCAUCCGAUGCUUUAAAUCAUCAUGGGAUUUCAAUUGAAAAUCAUCAAACUGCUGCUACAACCAAUCCCACUACGGCCUCUGUAUCAUCAUCCAUUGGUUCUUCUUUCCAACAACAACAAACUUCAACAACACCUGAAAAACGUUAUUUAGAAGUCAAAGACUCCAAGACUGGAAAGGUCAUCAAGAUCAAUGUGGAGGAAGGAGAUGCCAUCAAAUCCGUUGCUUUUGAAUCAUUGAAUUUGGUUUGUUUAGAUCCUGGAUUCUUGAAUACUGCCAUUGCUCGUUCCAGUAUCUCAUACAUUGAUGGAGAGAAGGGAAUUUUACGUUAUCGUGGAUAUGAUAUUGAAGAAUUGGCUGAAAAGUCUUCAUUCCUUGAAGUUGCCUUCUUAUUGAUUAAUGGAGAACUUCCCGAUCGAAAUCAGUUGAGUUUGUGGGAGGAUCGAGUGACUAAGCAUUCCUAUCUCCAUGAAAACAUGGUCACUUUGUUGAAGCAAUUUAGAUACGAUGCACAUCCAAUGGGAAUGGUCAUUUCAUCCAUUGCUGCUUUGGGAACUUUUUAUGAAGAUGCAAAUCCUGCAUUGAAAGGUGCUGAUUUGUAUUUGAAGGGUGAAGGAAAGGAACCAAUUCGAGUCGAUCAAUUACGAUUUAAACAAAUUUAUCGUCUCUUGGGUAAAUUGCCAACCAUUGCUGCGUGUGCCUAUCGUCACAGAAUUGGUAAACCUUACAAUAAUCCAGUGAAUAAUUUGAACUAUACUGGAAAUUUCCUUUACAUGUUGGAUCGAUUGAGUGAGACCAAUUAUCAUCCAAAUCCUGUGUUGGCACGUGCUCUUGAAAAGUUGUGGAUUAUUCAUGCAGAACAUGAAAUGAAUUGUUCAACUGCUGCCAUGCGUCACUUGAGUUCGAGUCGAGUGGAUCCAUAUACAGCAAUUGCAGGUGCUGGAGGAGCAUUGUAUGGUCCAUUGCACGGAGGUGCCUGCGAAGCAGUUUUGCACAUGUUGGACGAAAUUGGAAGUAAGGAAAAUAUUCCCAAGUUCAUUGAGGAUGUCAAGAAUCGAAAGAAGAAACUCAUGGGAUUUGGUCACAGAAUUUAUCGUUCCUAUGAUCCUCGUGCCAAGAUUGUCAAGCAAGUGGCAGACGAGGUGUUUGAAAUUCUCGGAAAGGAACCAAUGAUUGAAAUUGCUAUUGAAUUGGAGAGAAUUGCACUCAAUGAUCCUUACUUUAAGGAACGUAAAUUGUAUCCAAAUGUUGACUUUUAUUCAGGUCUCGUGUAUAAGGCUUUGGGAUUCCCAACAGAUUAUUAUCCAGUUCUCUUCUUGAUUCCUCGUGUUGCUGGUUGGUUGGCUCACUGGAUUGAAAGUUUGGAAGAUCCUGACGUUAAGAUUUUCAGACCAAAACAAGUCUACACUGGUAUCGAGCAUCGUAAAUAUAUUCCUGUGAAUCAUAGAAAACCUGCUCAAACUAAGAAUGCCACAGCACUCAAAUCAUUCAUUUCUCCAAUGUCCAAGCGUAGAUCCAAUGAAUAA